AUGAUUACAGAUUCCAUCGUUCAGGCGGCAGGAGAUCCUAUUCCGCCCCUCAUGAAACAACGCAAUGAACUUAUAUCAGCCAUGAGACAAGAAGGAAUUUGGAUCACUUGUAAAAAUUGUAGAUCCAGACCUUCCUUGCCUUUACGCGGAAUGACGGGCGGGGACGUCUAUCCCGGUUUUGAAGGGUUGUUUCUUGGACCUGAAGGACCUCAAUACCCUGGGUCUUCCGAAGAGCUAUUUAUCCCCCCUCUGGUGGCCAUGACCACUGUUGAUUCCCAACCAACCCAUGGGCUGCAUGGAAGCAAGGUGUCGGAGACAUCUCCAACACCCAGCUCAUGUGAAUUUGAGGUUGACAAUUCCGUGAAUGAGAACCACUUCAAUAGUAGCAGUGAAGAUACAGAACAGAAUAUGGCUCACACUUCAGACGCUUUCGGCGAUUUUACUUGGUUCAAUGCUCCAGUUGGAUCUCCCCUUGUGCACUACCGAGGAGGUGGUGUGUUUGCUGAACCGCAAAGCCAUGAUCCCAUGAGAUCUGAAGCUGAGUAUCUGUCCAACAGAACAUGCAGUGAUCCACUCUUCAGCAGUAAGUAA